AUGAUUGAUAACUACAAAGAUUGGCAUGAGCAACUGUCAUAUGCAUUAUUGGGAUAUCACACUACUGCCAGAACUUCAACUGGGGCCACUCCGUACCUGUUGGUGUAUGGCACUGAAACGGUAAUACCAGCCGAAGUAGAAACCCUUUCACUUCAAAUAAUACAAGAAGCUGAGUUGGACGAUACAGAAUGGAUCUGCAAGAGGUAUGAGCAACUUGCUUUGAUAGAUGAAAAAAGAAUGAUUGUUGUUUGCCAUGUGAUUUACCUUUUGAACCCUGUUAGCGAUUUGAAAUCUAAAAAUGACUCCUUUGAACUUGCCUGGUUGGAUUAUGAGACUGUUAAGCUGGAUAUUUGUUUAAAGUAA